CGGAGAAAGAGGGGGCGGGACCAAAAGGAGAGGGCUCAUUACCAGUGCCGCUGCUUCUCACCUUGCGCACCAGCGUACAGUCCCAGUUUACACAGCUCCGCUGAAGCCAGAAAGCACCAGUACCAUGCCUAUGACACUGGGUUACUGGGAUAUCCGUGGGUUGUGCCACGCCGUCCGCCUGUUCUUGGAAUACACUGAUUCAAGCUAUGAGGAGAAGAGAUACACCAUGGGAGAUGCUCCCAACUUUGACCGAAGCCAGUGGCUGAAUGAGAAGUUCAAGCUGGGCCUGGACUUUCCCAAUCUGCCCUACUUAAUUGAUGGAUCGACCAAGAUCACUCAGAGCAACGCCAUCCUGCGCUACAUUGCCCGCAAACACAACCUGUGUGGGGAGACAGAGGAGGAGAGGAUUCGUAUUGACAUUUUGGAGAACCAGGUCAUGGACACCCGCUUCCAGCUUGCGAUGAUCUGCUUCAGCCCUGAGUUUGAGAAAAAGAGGCCAGAGUACUUAGCGGGUCUUCCUGAGAAGUUGAAGUUCUACUCGGAGUUCCUGGGCAAGCGGCCAUGGUUUGCAGGGGACAAGAUCACCUAUGUGGAUUUUCUCGCUUACGAUAUUCUUGACCAGCAACGAGUGUUUGAGCCCAAAUGCUUGGAAGCCUUCCCCAACCUGAAGGACUUUUUGGCCCGCUUUGAGGCCCUGAAGAAGAUCUCUGCCUACAUGAAGUCCAGCCGCUUCCUUGCAGGCCCCAUGUAUUUGAAGAUAGCUAAGUGGGGUAACAAGUAGGACCCCUUACUACCAAGGCCGGGAACUGUGCUUGCUGGUCCUUAGUACGGGUCACAUAUGGGCCCUGCACCUCUGGGUCAGUCUUCCCAUCCCUUCCUUCUCCCAAGUCAAGUUUCUGUUAACUCCACCUCCCCUUUCCUUCACACUCCCUUCCUCCCCUUCCUUUCCUUUGUCCUAGAUCCAAGUGGCCCUCAGCUUGGCUGGGGGUAAUAAAGGGGUGCACUUGGCUCUGUGGCUCCCCAGCACCGCCAAAGAAACCAGUCCUGCCUGUGCUCAAGUUCCCAUCCUCAGUGUGGGGCUGACCAGCAUCGCCAGAAAGACCAGUCCCUUAAUCUGUAGACCCUCGUCCCUCGAUGUGGGACUGUCCAGCCCUGGUUGAUCUCCAGUAAAGUCUAAACCAUGUUU